UUCCAGAUUCAUUUAACGAGUAUCUAACAAAUGCGAAGGGUCUUAUCAUACGUAUAACUUCAUACGCCGGUUUCCGAUCCCCAGAUCGGUAGAAGAAGUCAUAAGGUUCUAACAAAUCACCCGUAGAAUCAUUUCGAUAUAUCCGGACAACGCGAUGAAGAAUAUUCUGAGCUUUUCACUGCUGAUUCUCGUCGGGAUUUUGGCUCCCGGUUCUCACGCGAAUUGUCAUUCUGCUGCAGGAAUUACAAGAUCGAACGCACAGACCCCGGACAAUCAGCGAGUCGCUGCGGUCACCGGAGCAAAUAAGGGAAUCGGCUUCGCGAUCGUCAAAGGAUUGCUCCAGAAUUUCGAUGGAAUAGUUUACCUGACCGCGAGAGACGAAGCCAAAGGAUUGGCAGCGGUUGAAGAGCUCAAGAAGGCCGGUUUUAAUCCAAGAUUUCAUCAACUCGACGUAUCGGACGAUGCGAGCGUUGAAAGGUUCAGAGAUUACCUCCGAGAUACGCACGGAGGAUUGGAUGUCCUCGUUAACAACGCCGGGAUUGGUUUCAAGGACGACGCGCCGGAACCGCUGUCGGAACAAGCUGAGAAAACGAUCGCAUUGAAUUACUUCGGUGUCCUGAGAGUUUCCAAUGCUCUGUUCCCGCUGCUGAGGCCUCACGCUAGAGUAGUUCAAAUUUCAAGUAAUUUCGGACGUUUAGCUUGGAUUCCCGACGAAAAAUUGAAGGCCCAAUUAUCGCGACCCGAUUUAACCGAAGCAGAGCUGACCCAUCUGAUGAGAGAAUUCGUCGAAGCGACGAAGACGAAUACUCACCAGUCUCUCGGGUGGCCGGCGGAACCUUACACAGUUAGCAAAGUCGGGGUAGCCGCUUUGGCAAGAAUUCAACAAAGAGCAUUCGAUUCCGACGUUAGAGAGGAUAUUGCGGUGAACGCCGCUCAUCCAGGAUACGUUGACACAGACUUGACAUCCCAUCUCGGAGUAUUCACCCCCGAAAGAGGAGCGCAAUCUGCAAUUUGGCUAGCUACGUUACCGAUCAACACCGACAUCAAGGGAAAAUUCGCCUGGCACAACAGCACUAUCGUUGACUGGGUCAACAGUCCCGUAGAUCUCGAAUAAGAGGUCAUUUUUUUUUUUUUUUUUUUUGUUAUAUUUUUUAUGUACAGGGUUUUUUCAUACAUCCACGAUUCAAUAAAUUCUACCGAGUGAUUAAAUUAAAA